GGAAUCCCCAAAGUAAUCACCUCGCACCUAGCCCCUAGCAAUCCCCCCCCUCAAAUUUCGAUGAUUGAAUAGACCACCUACCUCAAACCUCUUUUUUCCAUACAUCACAUCACAUCACCUUGCCUUGGCUUGAAAGAGAGAAGAAAGAGACAAUUGCAGCUCUCCAGCCAUUUUCUGCAUUCCAUUUUCCACGAAGACUUUUGACGCCAACCUCCACACUUCUUCUCAUUUCAUCGAGUCACACAUAAUUCUUCGUGUCCUUCUGUUCUUUAAUUGUAAAAGUCGAGAAAGGCCACCACCACCAACACCACCACCACCACCACCACCAGCCAACUUUCUUAUCAAUCCAUCGCAAUAUUAUCUCCGUCAUUCUUACAUACGCACUUGAUACAGCACUUGGAUCCCAACCUUUGCCUCUACAAUUAAAUCAUACACAAUUGGAAACUGUCGUCCGAUUCAGGUCGCAAGAUCCCUCUCCUCAGAUUGAUAUAAACGUUAUUGCAGCUAUAGUCUGAUACACGCGCGCGAAAGGAUUGAAAGGGAUCCGUGGGAUAGGAUAGUGGAAACCUACCUAAACUUCCUCGUUCGGCCGGUACAUCGCACGGUCGUCAUUCAUCGUCAGGUACCGCAUAUUUGACAAGUCAACUCGUACGAAUCUUGUUCCAAUAGAAAGAAAGAUUUCCAACCAUAAAAUCAAUACAAUUACGAUAUUUGUACAAAGAACAACAAGAUCACACCGCAAGGCCUUCUUACCACACUCCUUCCUCUUCCCACCAUCUAUUGCGCAAAUCUCAUCAGCCCGCAAUAAUACACACACCUCUCACACACCUCACCACACCUCACUCCUCACUCCUCACUCCUCACUCCUCACUCCUCACUCCUCACUCCUCACCCCUCACCCUUCACUUGCCAUCAUUCCACACACAUAUUUAACAGCCAGGAAUUCCAGCCAACCCGUUUGCGCGAAAGCUUCCUUAUCGUUACGAUCACCUCUCCACUCUAAUCUUAUUUCGAUAAUCAACCUUCUCACCCGCAUCCGCCCCCUACCACUUUCUUACCCGAACACCACAUAACCUUCGAGCGCGUCAACCAGCACUACGGUCGCAAAAGUACCCAAGCCUUUUGUGAUCUUCCCACACGUUCACAACUUGCCCUUCUGCAGAGAAAGAGUUGAAACAAAAAUCCAAUCAUUAUUCGUUUUCGUUUUCGGCCCAUCUUCUUUAUUUGCGACACCUCGAGUUUCUAAGCAAUUACAAACCUCGACAUUGUAAUCACAAAAUCACACCUCAACACGACUUUACCACCAGAGAAUGCCAUGAACGCCCAGGUGUUUGUCCCACAAGGCCAGGCCUUUCGUCAAUCCAAUAACAACCAACAACCAUAUCAAUCCUUAUCGAUGGCUACAAUGAAUGCCUUUGCAGUAGACACUUCGUCGCAAAGUGCUCCACAAUCGAAUGGUGGCGCAUCAUUCACAUCGGGACCGUGUUCCAUUUUAAUCCGACGUUUACCAUUGAAUACCACUGAAGACGCACUACGAUCAAUGGUAGUAUGGUCUAAAGAGUUUACUGAAGCUGAAGUAUUGUCUCCAGAGAAAUCUGAUGAUGCAGGAUUCCGAGCUGCUGUUCUCCACUUCAAGUCCCAUGCGGGCGCACUCGAGGCCAAGAACAUGCUCGAUGGAAAACCAAAUAUUGCAAAUGAUGCGAAUAUGGUGGUGGAAAUCCUUUAUGGAAGUCCCACUACCGCACGUCGAUAUACUGUCGAUACGAACACAAACGCUGGACCAUCCAGCUCCACUUCCUCCACGGCUUCUUCAGCAGGUCCGACCCCUCGACAAUCUUCAAGAUUCAACAAUUCCUUCACAACUGCACAAAGAGUUUCACCCACAAAUAACAAUGGAAACUAUGCAAACAAUGAAUUGCCAAAUCCCGAGUCGAGUGCUCGUUAUCAAAAUCUCUUCUCUCCUCAAUCUCCUAUUGGAAAUCACCUCAAUGACCGCCCCCGCAUUACAGGAAAGUCGUUGAUCAAUAAUGAUUCAGGCGAAGAUGACGAGACAGGUGAACUUCUCAAAGACCCGGUGGCUUAUGCUGAAAAUGGAGCUGCAUCUAUUCAAACUCGACGCCCGACUAACCCUCAAAUUCCCAUCACCGCCCGUAUGGCAAGCUUAUCUCUGGCGACGAAUAAUGCUGGAGGUCCAGCUUCCAUGUCAUCUUACGCGUCCCAGCAGAGUAUGCCAACCAUGGCAAAUGCAAAUACCAUGUCACCGGUAUCACAGCCACCUCAACACUACCAACUUGGAAGUCAGCACUAUCACCGCCACAAUUUCCCACCUGUCAAUCCUGCGGACCAAAAUCCUCCAUGCAACACUUUGUAUGUUGGGAAUCUUCCAAUCGAUACUUCGGAAGAUGAGCUUAAAUCCAUGUUCUCAAAGCAGCGUGGCUACAAGCGCCUUUGUUUCAGGACCAAGCAAAAUGGCCCAAUGUGUUUUGUGGAAUUCGAGGACACUUCUUUUGCAACGAAAGCUCUCCAUGAAUUAUACGGGCAUCCUUUGCACAACAGCAUCAAGGGUGGGAUUCGCCUGAGCUUUUCGAAGAAUCCUCUUGGUGUUCGAUCUGGCCCAGGAAUGGCAUCGCCAGGCCCUGCAAAUGUGCCAGGAGGCAUACAUGGUAUGAACGGCGUUAUGAUGGGUGGCCUAGGGGGAUCUUUCAGCACUGCGAAUGGACCUCCUCCAGGUCUUUCUGCACCACCUGGUUUGGGACCAGGUAGAAUGGGUUACGCUGCUGCGAUGAAUUCUGGCGUUAUGGGUGGUAAUCAAUAUGCUUCUAAUACUUCAUUUGGGGGACCAAACAAUUGGAAUGGUCAAGGUUUUACGUCAGCUAUGGCUGCUGGUGGCCCAGCACCAAUGAUGAACGGCUCUAAUGGCGGGUUCCCUCCUGCAUAUAUGAUGGGACGAUAAACGAUGGGAAUCACUGCAUGUGGUGAGAGUUACAGGUGUAACAAUGUAGUCAGUCAUUUGUGGGAGUUUUAUUUGCUGCGAUUAAUUAUUUGCACCUAUCAGAUAUGGUAGAGUGAUGGCUUCGAUUUUGUCUUGUACUAGGGUUCGUCAAUGGGGAGUCCAACGGUGCUGCAUCAGGUUGCAUUUUACAUUUUUGUAGCGGGGUGUUCACGAUCAUAAGAUUCCCCAUCGCGUUGUUGCAAUUGUGGGAGUUGUGGCAGAAGCUGGAAAGGGGAGGGACGCAUUUGGCAUGGUGUUUUUUUUAAUGGACUUUCUUUAUGAUCCCUGGUAUUUUUUUGCAAUCAUUUGUCGCAUCGGGCGUACUUUAUUUCGAUUUCAAGGGCGCAAGCUGGCUGGCCUGCAAGAGUUGGUACUUAUUAGCUCAUGAUUUGAGUACUAUUACCAUCAGUCUGGGUAAACGGGAUGGAUUUCAUGCAUAGCAAGUAAAAGAGGGGAUGGAAAAGGCGUCGGAACAGUUCGUUAUUCAUCUGGGCAUCUACAUAAAUGGAACUUGCCAUGUAAUGGAUGGCAUAUCAAAUCCAAGGCAAUAUGUUUUAGCUUGGCAUAUUCUCACAAUAAUGGGCGUUCUGGCAUUCAAGGAGAAGAUUUCAUUUUUGUUUCUUUAGAGUCCGGUUCACAACAAAUUUGAUCUUGAAACUGGAUCGAAAUACCGCUAAAGAUUUUUACGAGCAAUCCUUGCAUCUUUGUUAUUGUAAGGCUAGCUACUGAAUUAGCAUACCGAUUUUAUUAUGACUUUGGCUUCCCUACA